AUGUGCUUCAACUUCCGAACAUUGAUCAACAACCAGGCCAGUAAAAUUUGUAUGUGCUACAGGCUACAUGUUGCACGGUUUCAUCCUUUGAGGUUGCUGCUUAACUUUAGCACAUCACUUACACCAAGUUGCAUCACAAAAGUAUUGUUAACCUCAAGCACUCCAGUUUUACUCCAGGUGGAGAGCAUCAAUAGCUACACAAAUGACCCAGAUCAAGAACACAAGAUCACACAAGACUGA